GGAGUCAAAAUAAUAUACAUGAAAAUAUUGUGUACUGAUUGUGAGAAAAACACAGGUCGAAAAAAAGCAUUUAAAAUCAUUUUAAUUUUUUUUUUAGUACUGCGUUCACAAAUGAAUAAUUUUGAUUUUUACUUUCUGUCAGAAUAAUUUUAAAAGACAAGGGAACACAUAAAAAACUGAUUACAAAGUUUUGAUUGAUUUAGAGAUUCUCCUUCUGAAGGAGCGUAUACAAAAAAAUGCAAUUAAGAAUUAGACAUUGGACCUUGAAUUUUCAAGACCAUUUCCUAACAUCACACGUCACAUCUCUUAUCUCGGUAUUUUAUAUCACUUCCUUGCGACAUGUGGAGCACAUUAGAAUUUGGCACGCGUCCCAGUUCUGAGUGCACAUUCUAUUGCAAUGGGCGAGAUUUUCAAAUCACAUAUUCCGUAUGAUGAGAGCAAACUUCCCAAUUGCUCUAUUCCUGACUACCUUUUCAAGCACCUGAAGCAAAAUUUGCCAUAUGUCGCUGAAAAACCUUGGCUGCUUGAUGCCUGUACUGGGAAGAAGGUUUUAUUUGGUGAAGUGGAGGAGCGGUCGAGAAAAGUGGCGAGCGCAUUGACCAGGAGAGGUUUCGCAAAGGGCGACGUUUUGUACUUUGUGUCGUACGACAUAGUCGACAUCGGCGUUUUGCAGUUGGCCGUUUGGCUUCUGGGUGGAGCGACCAGAGGCAGCUUUCAAAUAGAAGACCCAGAGGAAUUUGCGAGGCAGAUGCAAGAAGUGAAAUGCAAAUUUGUGGCAGUCGAUUCGCACACGGUGGAAGCGAUCAAAAAGGCUAUAAACUUUGCUAAAAUUGAUUGCCAAAUUAUCAAUGUUGGUGACGAAGACUUGGAGGAUAUCAUCAGUUUUUCGGAAUUGGCUCGGGAUGACGGGGCAGCUUGCCCCUCUGAUGUCAAAAUCGAUCCGGAUAAAGACAUUUUGCUGUUUUGCAACACCAGUGGAAGCACCGGUGUGCCGAAAGGUGUCAUUCACACCCACAAAAAUUUUGUCAAUCUGCUGGCUUUCUUUGAGGGCAAGUUGGUUGAGAGCUUUGAGGAAAGCACUAUGGUAUCGGUGAGCAACUUCCUCAUUUCCACCGUGAUGAUGAUGACAACCAGUUUUGCUUCUGGCACUACUAUAUACUUCAUUAGCAGGUACCAGAAAGAAGAGUUCCUUGGUCACCUAUUGAAAUAUAAGCCGAUGAAACUUUUUCUCUACCCGUACAUCAUGAGCUGGCUUGCAAAAUGUGAUGAAUUGGAAAAACACGAUUUCAGUUUUCUGAAACGCGUUUAUCUUGGUGGCUCCGUCGUGGACCCCACGACGUUGGAAUUGCUGGAGAAAAAAUUCCCCAGCGCGUGUUGCAAUAAUUCAUACGGUUCCACCGAAACUUUGACGUUGUCAGCAACUGUGAACAGUGAAAAAAUGAAAUUGCCACUGUACGGAACAUCGCCAGACGGUGAGAGAAUGGUGUCUUCAGGCGUUUUAAUUCCCUUUGUCGAAGCUAAGGUCACCGACUUGAAAAAUGGAGAGCUACUUGGACGAAAUCAAGUAGGGAGACUAUGGGUGCGCAGCAAGCAUAUGGCAAAAGGCUACUUGAGAAAAGAUAAAGAGCCAGACGUGUCUUGCUUUGAUGAAGAAGGAUGGUACAAUACAGGAGACGUAGUAUUUUUUGACGCUUUAGGCCAACUCUUUGUCAGGGAGAGAGUCUCCUUCACUUUUAAAUAUUACAUGCAUUUUGUAAAUCCAACAGAAAUUGAAGCAGUGCUCCAAGAGCACCCUGCUGUUGAAAUGGCCUGCGUGAUUGGGGUGCCGAACAACGAAACUACUAAUCUGGCCAAAGGUUUGGUUGUUUUGAAAGAAGGAAAAACUGCAACAGAGGAAGAAUUGCUCACGCUUGUGUCCAGCAAGAUGCCAUUCUAUAAGCAUUUGCAUGGAGGUCUACAAUUUGUCGAUUCAUUUCCAGAAAACAAGACCAGAAAAUUGGACCGAUUGGCGAUUAUGAAACUUUACGGAGCAAAAUUGUAAGAAUUUUGGACAUUCAGCGCAAACUAUAAUAGUAAGAGCAGUAUUAUGAAUCAAGUGGAAAAAGCAGAUCAACAAUAGAAAUGAUUUUUUUUAAAUCAAUUAAACACGCAGCGUAGAUGGUUUUAUAACUGGCCAGAGUGCAAUAGUUGGCUUAUUAGUUAGUAUUUAUCAGUGGUGGUUGGCAAUAGUCAUGUGAUUAAUAAAUUAUUGUGAUGGAAUGAGUCAGCAACUGAUAAGAGAGAAUAUUAUUGUUUUGAGGUGAUAUGAUUAUUUGUAUGAAGUGCAGACGAGUACGCCAUUGUGCCCCUUCACAGCUAAUGGAGCUAUUGAUAUGUACUCAUAUUUAUGUCCCUUGCCAAGUUAAGAAUUUCACGCAAUUUUUAUUUACUUUUUAUUUUAUAUUGUUAGAAAAUUAUGCAAAUAAAUAUCAAAUAUUAUUCUAUAUUUCAACACCUACUUAUUUUAGAAAAAAAAUGGCACCCAAACUUUCUCUAAAAAAAUAAUGAAUAAAACUUUUUGAAUUGUGCUUGCUUAGCAACAAGUAAGAAAUUGUGGUUUGUAUUUUGUUGCAAUUUUCUUAGCGUCUCAGGUCUCACCCCGUUUAUCAGAAAGCUGCUAUGCAAUCAAAACUUUUACGUAACACCCUUGAAAUUUUU